UGUCCAGCAGCUGAUCGGUAAUCCAGAAGAAGUUUCCCCUCAGUUAGGGGGGAGCUCCACUUUGAAGCAGGAGACUCCACAACCACCCUGCAUUAAAAGGGAAGAGGAGGAACUCUGCAUCACUCAGGAGGGAGAGUGUCUUCUAGGACGAGAGGAAGCUGAUUACACCAAGUUUCCACUGAGUAUUCUCUCUGUGAAGACUGAAGAUGAUGAAGAGAAACCACAAGUAGACAACCUCUUAGCUCCACUAUCAGAUAGUGAGGCUGAAGACGAGGUUGAAGAACCUUUGAGCAGCGAUAAAGACUGUGAAGGUGAUAUGAGGACUCACACUGACAACAAACACUCUGAAUGCUCUACAAAGAAGAGAGGUAAAACAUGUUUGAGCUGCUCAGUUUGUGCUAAAAGUUUUACUAAAAAUAGCCGUUUGACUGAACACAUGCGAACACACACAGGAGAAAAAACAUUUAAGUGUUCAGUUUGUGGCAAAAGCUUUUCUCGAAAUAGCAUUUUGACUGAACACAUGCGAACACACACAGGUGAAAAAACAUUUAAUUGUUCAGUUUGUGGCAAAAGCUUCUCUCGAAAAAGCAUUUUGACUGAACACAUGAGAACACACACAGGUGAAAAAACAUUUAAUUGUUCAGUUUGUGGCAUAAGUUUUUCUCGAAAUAGCGAUUUGACUCAACACAUGAGAACACACACAGGAGAAAAACCAUUUAAGUGUUCAGUUUGUGGCAAACGCUUUUCUCGAAAUGGCAGUUUGACUAAACACAUGAGAACACACACAGGUGAAAAACCAUUUAAUUGUUCAGUUUGUGGCAACAAUUUUUCUCAAAAUAGCUCUUUGACUGCACACAUGAGAACACACACAGGAGAAAAAACAUUUAAGUGUUCCGUUUGUGACAAAAGCUUUUCUCGAAGUAGCAAUUUGGCUAAACACAUGAGAACACAUACAGGUGAAAAACCAUUUAAUUGUUCAGUUUGCGGCAACAGCUUUGCUCAAAAUAGCUCUUUGACUCAACACAUGAGGACACACACAGGAGAAAAAACAUUUAAGUGUUCCGUAUGUGACAAAAGCUUUUCUCGAAGUAGCAUUUUGACUAAACACAUGAGAACACACACAGGUGAAAAAACAUUUAAUUGUUCAGUUUGUGACAAAAGCUUUUCUAAUAAGAGCAUAUUGACUAAACACAUGAGAACACACACAGGUGAAAAACCAUUUAACUGUUCAAUUUGUGGUGAAAACUUUUCUAUUAAGAACCGUUUGACUGAACACAUGAGAACACACACAGGUGAAAAACCAUUUAGUUGUUCAGUGUGCUGUAAAAGGUUCCCACAUAAUGCAGACGCAGUAAAACACAUAAGAACACACAAGAGAAAAUAACCAAUUAUCUGUUUAGUUUGUGGUAUGUUGCUCAUAUGUGGUGACAUCCACCCUACCCAGGACCUCCUCACUGCUUCUUGCACAAAUAUCUGAGGUAUUCAUACAAACUUGGAUUAUUUGGAGCAUAAUAUUAUCCACCCAUGACCCCAUGUCUUCUCUGUAUCUGAAACCUUCCUGAACAGUAAGAUAGAUGAUGCUUCAAGUGCUUGGUUACUCCUUCUUCAGUCCAGGGACCUGGGGCCUCAUGUGUCAAGUUUGUGCAUGCUCAAAAACCUGCACUACACCCUUUUUCACUGCAAAGUUGAGAUGUAUCAAAACUGACAUUGACGCGAAAGUGAUGCUGGGUAACUGUUUGCAUAACAAACUGCCAACUUUUACUCCUCAGACUGAAUGAUGUUUAAAUCAGAGACAUAUGAACAAUUAACCCCCAACCCCCACAACCCAACCCCCACCUCCCUCGACAUUCGGGCAUAACAGGUUCAAUCUGGCCCGUGAGAUGAGUUUGCGAAGUGUAAAAUUCAGCUGCAUUUUAAAUGAAAGAAACUGCUGUUCUAAUUGUGUCCACUGGAUGUCGCAUUAGCAAUUCUGUUAGGCAAGCAAAUACUUUAUACCGGGGCGAGCAAGUAUGCCAAGCAAGAGGUACACGGUAAAGCGGGGCUGUGACUCCUCCCCCUCCACCCAACGUACAACAGGAGUAAAAUAAGCAAUCAGUAACCCCACUUAAAAUGCAGCAUGAGACACUGCACACUGAUAUAGUUCUGUGAAAAUGAUUGUCUUCUGUGCAAAUGUAAAGAAAGUGAACAGUGUGUGAUUUACUGCAAUACUGUCAGUCUUUUCACUUUUUAUUUGUGCUUUGUUGAAAUUGUUCACACAUUGCACAGCUUUUAUUUUUCUAUCAAUACACAUUAUGUCUAGAAGACAGGAAGUAACUCAACCCUCUUGAAUAGUUUCUACCUCAGUGUGUAUGGUUUGUUGAGUUAGCACAGGAUUAAUAUGUGGAAAUGACAAAUGAGGUAGUUGAUACAUAGAAUAGUUUUUAUUCAUGCUUUAUUUAGUUUUUUGUUCAAUCCUAGAUGGGUUGUGAGUUAAAGUUCAAUUGAAACACUGAGAUUAAGUCUAAAUUCAUUGUGUUCUUCAAGGUGUUUUUUGAAAAUGCACCAUUUUUC